UCCACUUGCUUUAUUCUCACCCAUCACCCCUCUAACCCCUCAAUAUGCCUCCCAAGAAAGCCACUACUGCCGCGACCAAGAAGGCUGCCGGCUCUGGUCACGCCUCCUACCGUGAUAUGAUCAAGGAUGCUAUCCUGAACCUGAAAGAGCGCAACGGUAGCAGCCGCCAGUCCAUCAAGAAAUACGUGCAGGCCAACAACAAGCUCUCGUCGGCCACCCCGGCUGCCUUCGACAGCCAGUUCAACAAGGCCAUCAAGACCGGCGUUGAGAAGGGUGACUUCACCCAGCCCAAGGGUCCUUCCGGCCCCGUGAAGCUCGCCAAGAAGGAGGCUGCUCCUAAGCCUGCUCCCAAGAAAACCACCACUGCUGCCAAGCCCGGUCCCAAGAAGGCCGCCGCGAAGAAGACCGAGAAGUCUGAGAAGGCCGAAAAGCCCAAGACCACCAAGAAGACCGCCACCAGCGGCACCACCGCGAAGAAGCCUGUCGGCCGCCCCAAGGCCAACACUGCCAAGCCUCGCAAGGCCUCGACUACUGCGCCCGCCGUUGUCGACCAGCCCAAGGUCAUCGGCACGACCAAGUCGGGCCGGGUAACCAAGACGACGGCCAAACCUGCUGAGAAGGCCAAAAAAGCGGCUCCCAAGAAGAAAGCCACCUGA